GUGGAGGUGGGUCUGUCAAGGUUUGCUGAAUGUUUUCUCCUGGUUUGUUUAAUGUUAUUGUGAUGGUGGAACGAAGAAGCAAGACCUGCUGUGUUUGUAACCACAGUACCGUCUGACUGUUUCUUACCUCAGCUGACUUCGGUGGAGAGGUGCCCUGAUGUCAUGGCCUCCAGUCACAGCUCCUCCCCAGUGCCUCAUCCCAGCAGUGGAGGCAACGAUGGGAUGUUCCGGAAGGACAGGGACCCUUCCUCACGACACCCCAGGCCCAUCCGCUCACUGCCCGACGUCUGCCCCAAGGAGCCCAUGGGCGAGGUGUCCCGGGGGCUGUGUGAAGGACCGUCGGUGGUGGUUGACCAGCACAGGUGGACAGUGUACAACUCUAAGGUGAAUCUGCCGGCUGCCUUGAACGACCCACGGCUGGCCAAAAGGGAGUCUGACUUCUUCACCAAAACAUGGGGCCUGGAGUUUGCCGAGACGGAAGUCAUGCCCUCCUUUUACCUCCCCAGCAUCACAAAGGAACACUUUGCCCCCUACCUGCAGGAAACGGCUCAGAGGGAGAGAAUCCACGAGCGGUGCAAGAAUAUCUGUCCCAACAAGGAUGAGCUGGAUGCUGUUUCCAGCAUCACAAACCACCAUGACAAAUCAAGAGGCGAGUUGGAGCAGGUCCCCAGGAUCUUCAUGAAGCCUGACUUUGCGCUGGACGACCCGGCGACCUUUAACGCAGUCCUACCGUGGUCCCAUUUCAACAGCGCUGGCGGAAAGACCAGCCGGGACGUGGUGUCGUCGCGAUUGCUACAGGAAAAGUUGAGCCACUACCUGGACGUGGUGGAGGUGAGCAUCGCCCGGCAGAUCUCCCUACGCUCCGAGGCCUUCUUCCACGCCAUGUCCUCCCAGCACGAGCUCCAGGACCGGCUCACCCAGACCACGCGCUCCGUGGCGGUCCUCCGGGGCCGCACGGCCGCCAUCGAGCGGGUCAUGUGCGAGGGGCCCCUGCGGGCGCUGCGCCAGGCGCUGACGCGCUCCAACUGCGUGCGGCUGCACAACAAGCUGAAGCUGAUGGCGGCGGUGCACCAGACCCAGCCCACGGUGCAGCUGCUGCUCUCCACCUCGGAGUUCGUGGGGGCCCUGGAGCUCAUCGCCACCACCAAGGAGGUCCUGCAGCAGGAGCUACAGGGGAUACACAGCUUCAGACACUUGGGCUCACAGCUGUGUGAGCUGGAGAAGCUGAUUGACAAGAUGAUGGUAGAGGACUUCAGCAUGUACUCCAGAAGUGACCUCAGUAGAAGCCUGGACGAGGAGGGCCAGGUUAUGGAGAAGGACAGGCUGGAGUCUCUGGUGUUUGGCCUGCUGAGACAGCGGAAGCUGGAUUUCCUGGACAUUUACAGCGACGAGAUGAUCCUGGCCGCCAAAAGCAUCGUCACACAGUGUGUCGUUGACUCUGUGUCACGGAUUGAAGAAAUCGACCCGGACGUAGUCACCAAGCUGGCAGACCGGAUGCGUCUGAUGACUUUCCCACAGUGGUUCCAGCUUUUAAAGUCUGUGUUUGAGAACUUCAUUCUUUUCCUGAAGAGGAUCAAGGCAACACUAAGUGUAGUGAGAAACGUGGUACUGGAGGCUCUGGACAGCAACCAGAAGAGCCGUCUUCUGGAGCUGGAGCGGGCUGAGGCGGGGGCCCAAGCCCAGGCCCCGGGGACCCCGCUCUCCCAGGGGGAAGCAGAGCUGGCUUACCUCACCCACGAGGGCCUGUUCAUCAGUGAUGCACUCAAUGAAGCUCAACUCCUCCAGGGUGGCAAUGGGGGCCAGGAGCAGAGCUCCGCCGUGGGGCCCAAGCAGCAGGUGGACCAGGAGCAGAGCUCCGCUGUGGGGCUCAAACAGCAGGGUGGCCAGGAACAGAGCUCCGUUGUGGGGCCCAGGCAGUCUCAGUUGCGGCUGGACGGUUGUGGUAGUGAUUCUGCCUCGGGGACUACUGAAUCAUCCUCCAGCAGGGAGCACACCUUCCAGCCAGGAGGGGGUGCCAGCAUCUCGGAGGACAUGAUGCCCAGCGACCUGGAGCUUGGCCGCGUGGCCAACAACAUCCAGGAGCUGCUCUACACUGCCUCGGACGUCAGUCACGAUCGCUGUGUCAAGGUUCUCAUGGCCAGAGCCAAGGAUGGCUCCCUGGAGCGCCUCAGCUCGGCGGAGUUCGUGUGCCUGUCCCAGGCGGUGGAGGGGUUCGUGAGGGACACCGAGGAGCUGUGCUGCCGACGCAGCGUCUCCCUGAGGGGGGCGCUGCAGAGUCAGGCCAACCGCUUUGUCAACCGCUUCCACGAGGAGCGCAAGACCAAGCUCAGUCUGCUGCUGGACAAUGAGCGUUGGAAACAGGCCGAGGUCCCUGCAGAGUUCCAGGACCUGGUGAACUCCAUAGCAGAUGGCAGGAUCACACUGCCUGAACGCAAACCCCAAGGCACAGAAGAGAGGAAACCAAGUGAUUAUUUACGCAUUGAUGGACAGAAAUAUGCUGUUGUCGGGACGGUGUUGAUAUUAAUCCGGAUCUUCCUGGAGUACUGUCAGUGUGUCAACGACAUCCCCUCCAUCGCCACCGACAUGCUGACCCGCCUCUCUGACCUACUCAAGCACUUCAACUCCAGGAGCUGCCAGUUGGUUCUGGGGGCAGGCGCACUGCAAGUGGUUGGCCUCAAGACCAUCACCACUAAAAACCUGGCCCUGGCCUCACGCUGUCUGCAGUUGGUGGUUCACUACAUUCCCGUCAUCAGGGCCCACUUUGAAACCAAACUGACGCCCAAGCAGUACAGCGUCCUCAGGCACUUUGACCACAUCACCAAGGACUACAACGAUCACAUAGCGGAGAUCUCCUCCAAACUGGUGGCGAUCAUGGACAGCUUGUUUGAGAAGGUGCUAGCAAAGUAUGAAGUCAAGGCCCCCAUGCCCUCGGCCUGCUUUCGCAAUGUCUGCAAGCAAAUGGCCAAAAUGCAUGAAGCUCUCUACGAGCUGUUACCUGAGGAGCAGGCCCAGAUGUUGUUCUUGAGGAUCAACGCUAGCUUUAAAAUGCACCUGAAGAGGCAGCUGGCACGCCUCGGGGUGCACCAUGAUGGCGGACCUCAACACGGGCUGGUGACAGUGGAUGUCGCGUUUUACACCGAGAACGUCCAGGCACUGCGGACACUUGAAAAGCUGGACUUGAACAUGGCUGAGAUCUGGGAGCAGAAGAGGUGAUGGCGGCGGCGCCAGUCGUAUGUCCCAUGUGCGGCGCCACGUUGACCCACCGCGGAGAGGGAGGAACCAACUCUAAUCAGACUCUUGUAAAGAGACAACACCCGUUGCUUCACCCUCCAGCAGCCAGCCAGCCAGCCUGCCCAGGGGACAACGAAUCACGCUGCAGUCCACCUGAAGGGGGCGUCGUCUGGGUGCGGAGAGAGAGGACGUCUGCUGGCGUUUGGGGUUCCCUGAGGCAGACAGCACCAGGAAGACACUAGGACCAAACCCCAGAGGCGAUGAUCAUUUAACCAGGGCAGCCUACACAACAUGGCUGGCUGCUAAUUUGCCUCCGUAAAGCCUGUAUGGUGCACUGCUUUUGACCAGAAGGUUUGCAAACACAACACAACUGUGCACUAUAUAGGAAAUAAGGUGUCAUUUUAGAUCCAAGCUUUUAAAGAGCAGCUGUCUCUGGGGACUUACAAGGGACUUCUAGGACUCCUCACGGUGCCUCCUUUUAAAACUGUUGCCGUAACCUCGUCUCACUGUGUGCAAUUCAACUCCAGAUGAUUUAUGAAAACAAAAACUGAUGAACAGAUUAUGAAGGACUUUUUGAGCGGACUGAGCUUCCGACAAUGGUUCAAAACUUGACACCCACUAACUUAUUUUUUUCGUGUUAAAAGAAAUGCAUUAAAUACUGUCUUUGUGUUAGUGAAGUAAGGAAAAACAAGGCCACUCUCCCUUCGUGUAUUCAAACUUUUAAGCUAAAUGUAAUCCGGUUUUAAACAACAUGCAUAUGUUGGCAGCUUCAUUAAUAUUUGGCAUCAUCAGAUGUUCAGUAAGGAGUGUUAUUUGGCACUGAAUUCAUCUGAAUACAAAAUUCCUCCAGCCCAAUAAUUAUAUCAGCAUUCCCCUCCAACUGUGGAUUGUGCUUAGUGUACUGUCAGUAUGAGAUAUUCUCAGGUCAGUCGAAAUCUGAAGAUAUUGUUAAAGAGCUCAUGUCUGCAAUUGACUGAGACAUGCACAAUUGUUUUCUUUCCUCUAAUGACCCAGAGCUAGGAGUCAUAUUUUAUCGAAGCUUUUUCCUCACAACAAAGAGGCAACAAACUCCACUACAUUUGUCUGAAUUAUCGUUCAAGUGACAGUUUUCAAUUCAGAAUUAUCCACUAUUGCUUGUUUGCAUGGAUGAACAUUAGUCUUCCGAUUGGCUAGUGUUUUUAAAGUAGCCCAGCUCCAACCCAAAUAGUCCCGCUAAUGAUCAGUUCUUGAAAUGGCCCGCCUGCACUGUGCGAACAUUAUACCUCAUACAAGAGGAUCCAAGGGUAUCUUAAAAGGCACCCUCAAAUAACAGUGCUAAAUACUUCAAAAGUGCCUACUUUUGAUAACUAUCCAAGACUACAUCAGACUACUUUACAACAGUGCUGUUUGAGUGCCUUGUGUGUGUGUGUGUGUGUGUGUGUGUGUGUGAGAAAGAGGGGCGGGUGUGAAUGUGAAUGACUGUUGGGCCCUCAUUGCUGCUCUGGUUAAGUUGGAUAAGGAAGCGUGGGACAAACAAUCUGACAGCAUGCCUGAGAAAUAUGUGUUGAAUGAAUCCUGAGAAUCUUUAUGAAUAAAACAUGGAAUUAUAUGGAA